GAAAUGCGCUUGACCAAGACGGACGAAAAUUCAAACAUUAACCGUGAUGGGUAGAUGAAAAUACGCCUACUGAGCCUUCGAAAGGAUGCGCUUACACCACUAAGUAUAGAUCCACUCGCGUCAUCCUACGACAACUAGCCCAUUUUACUAGCGGCCACUGAUGUGCUCAGUGCCUCUAUCACUAUUGAAGAUGUAUUACUUAAAGGUUGGACAACCUGUGAGCAUAGGGGUAGGUAUAUCGUGACAGCAACUUCAAAUGGUAUCCCCAGCUAGAAACGCGGUGAACUGGUGGGCGAUAACCCACACACUCGCCAUCUUAGGUCAACUCGCUUUGUGCGUUGUCGGCGUUAUAUGUUUUGUCUUCACUCAACCGAAUAACUACAAUGGCUAUAUUCCAUCCGACGACGAGUUCUGGGAUGAUGUCGACCACCGCACAACCAUACCAUGGGUGUCCGGAGCAGUAGGCGCCGUUACGACGGUUUACAACGUCGUCUUAUUCUUUGCGCUGUGGAAAAUAUAUGGUCCAGACAGGCAACGCCGUCUUAUGAGAUCAAUUAGUCUAUUCAGGAAUACGGUCUUAAUCGGAUCCGUCAUCCUCUUGCUGGUCCUUGCCGCCGACAUCGCCCUUGCCGUGAAAUCUGCUUUCGCUCGUCGUAAUAGUAUUUGCGCUACAGCUUCCAUUGCCAGCGCCUUCAUCGCCCUAACUAUAUGUGCGGAUUUAUUUCGGCUACGGAACCUUUAUAGAGAUGGGAAGAAGGAUAAUUGCAUCGUGGAACUCGACCAGAUUAGCGAGGAUGGUGUGUCAGGACCUUUUAGAGCACCUCCUCCGUACGAGGCAGUAGCUGGAUCUCGGUACCAAGAUCUCAAUACCAAUAUAAAUAAAUAAAUGUAUAUAUAUUUAGUAACUAUAACAUAGGUCUAUAAAGUAUAGACUAACACGAUUGCUUCGUCUUGUUGUAUCGGGAAAAAAUCAUAAUACAUAACCGCGAGAUCCAUGGGGAGGAGGCGUGAUGGGAAUAGUACUAAACCCAGUCACUUAAACCUAUGAGUAUCAAGCUCCACGAACUUUUCACCUCUACCUUAGGAAUAAAUCUAUUGCCAUUAAGGCACGAUGCAGUCAACUAAUGAUGUAUAUCACAGUCCCUUGAUGUCAAAUACAGUACAUAUGAUUUGUUAGUUAAAACGAAGCCACGCCUACGUCAUAGCAGACAUAUCUAUGUGUAGGAGCAGCCACACCUAAAUGAC